GGGGGGGGGGGGGGAAUACGAGGGGCAGGGCCUCCUCUCUAUUCUGUUAUUCUCAACACCGAUCAUUCGCUCGCCUCCCUCGCCGGAGCACCGGAUGGCAGCAGCUCCUUCCGCCGCCGCGAUCGCGUGAUGGCCGCCACUCGCGGCCGAUGGACGACGCCGGAAGGGCAUCCGCUCCCGCGGCGGUGACGGUCUCCGCCGCCGCACCCGCGCCUCCCCCAACCCCCGCCGCCGCCGACACGUCCUCCCCCGACCCCGCCGCUCUCUAUGAAGAGGGGAUGUGGCAACAGAUGGCCAUGAACAGCGGUGCCACUAUGCAACCUGGGCCAUAUCCUGAGCGGUCGGGCGAACCAGACUGCACUUACUACCUCAGGACUGGAUUGUGUAGAUUUGGCAUAAGCUGCAGGUUCAAUCACCCUCCGGAUAGGAAUCUGGCUAUUGCCUCUGCCAGAAUGAAGGGAGAAUAUCCUGAGAGGGUGGGACAGCCAGAAUGUCAGUACUAUCUGAAGACUGGGACAUGCAAGUUUGGGCCCACUUGUAAAUUCCACCAUCCCAGAGAAAAGGCUGGAAUUGCAGGGAGGGUGCAGCUAAACACAUUAGGAUAUCCACUCCGCCCGAAUGAAAUGGAGUGUGCAUAUUAUUUAAAAACAGGACAGUGUAAAUAUGGGAAUACUUGUAAAUUCCACCAUCCUGAACUUUUCAAUGUGGUGGCGUCUUCACAUGGUUCUCCUAUUUAUCCUUCUGUACAUUCCUCUGCAAGCACUGGUCCACAUUCCUAUACUGGAACUAUAGCAAGCUGGGCUUUUCCACGAGCUUCUUUUAUUCCAAGCUCUAAAUGGCAAAGUCCUUCAAAUUAUGCACCAAUGAUUGUACCUCAGGGUCUUGUUCAAGUACCAAGCUGGAACUCAUACACUAGUCAGCUGCAGUCACCUGGGGCUCAACAAACUUAUGGAACUUCUCAACAAGAUGAAGCCAGUGCAGUAAAUCAGGGAAUGUUAUCACCGUACAGAUCCAGUUCGUUUCCUGUGCCUCGAUACGCGUUGCAGAGAGAGAAUGUAUUUCCUGAGAGACCUGAUCAACCAGAAUGCCAAUAUUACAUGAAGACAGGAGAUUGUAAAUUCGGUGCAGUGUGCAAGUUCCAUCAUCCCCGGGUGAGAUCACUGCCUCCUCCAGAUUGUGUCUUAAGUCCAAUGGGUCUUCCACUACGUCCAGGUGAAGAACUGUGCAAAUUCUAUUCUCAUUAUGGCAUCUGCAAGUUUGGCGCCAAUUGUAAAUUUGACCAUCCAAUGGUUACUCCAAUGGGAGUCUACGCUUAUGGUUUCUCUGCCUCUGCUUCUCCUGCUUCUGCUUCAACUAAUGAACCUAUGGUUCAACGCCUUCUGGGAUCCCCAUCCGGUUCUAGAUACACAUCCUAGGCGUCUCUCGCAGUUGACCUACUUUGAUGUGUAUAAAACCCACCGCGCUGUCUUAGGCGCUGUGAAUGUUUUUCCUAACUCCCCGUAAUCAAGUUCUGUAAAUUGAGUUGCUACCGGAGAUGUACAGAUUUUUUUUUUUUGUUAAUGUAGAUCUUUGGGAAUACCUCUUGCAAUCCGAAUAAUUUUUAAAUGCAGACUUCCAGUUUUCAGGUGCC